AAAAAUAUCCAAUAUUACACUUCACCCCCUCCCCUUAUAAUAUCUACACAAUCCUUCUUUUGUCUCUAAAUCCAACACCCUUGUUUCCCUCUCGGCCUCCACUCUCUCUUCAAAGUAAAGCCCUAGCCCUAGCCCUAGCUCGCUGCUUUCUCAGUGCAUCAUCAUGAAAGGAGGAAAAACGAGAGCUGUUUCGAAGAAGUCUGAGAGCAAGCUUGGUGUGAAGAUGACAAAGAAGGAGAAAAAAGCUGCAAAGGAUCCAAACAAGCCAAAAAGGCCCCCAAGUGCUUUCUUUGUUUUCAUGGAAGAUUUUAGGAAGCAAUACAAAGAAAAACACCCUAGCAACAAAUCCGUUGCUGCUGUUGGCAAAGCUGGUGGUGAUAAGUGGAAGUCAUUGACUGAGGGGGAAAAGGCCCCUUAUGUGGCAGAAGCAGAGAAGCGCAAAGAAGCAUAUGAACGAAACAUGGAAGCCUACAACAGAAAAUUGGCUGGAGGUGCUGAUGAUGAUUCUGACAAGUCUAAGUCAGAAGUAAAUGAUGAAGAUGAGGAAGGCAGUGGUGGCGAGGAGGAAGAUGAUGAUUGAACUGGGAUGGCGAAUACUGUGACAAGACUGACAUUGAGAUUACUAAUGUACGUGGGAUGUUUUUCUCGAUAUGGUUAGGCGGCUGUUUUAUAUGAUGACAUGAAUUAGUAGUUAAUAUCAUGGUAUUACUAUCUCUAACUUUUGAGACUAUGUAUGCUUAUUAUGGUAGAUCUUAAUGAGAAGCUUAGAUUGCUCAGUUGUCCUUA